ACAAAAAGCAACCACCCAAAACAAAACCGACACAAACGCAAAAUUUAACAGCGAGCAUAUACAUUUUUGUUAUGAUCCAUAAUCAGCUAAAAUUUAGCCGGUCAGCUCGAAAUUGCAAGUUGUAAGUGAAUCUAAAAUAAAUUAGCCAUACCGACAGGAAAAUAUGGUUAUUCAAUAAAUAGUUGAGCUCUGUAGAGGAUAUUUGUGAACGAAACAAAAAAAAUACAUUCUGAGAAAAAAUGGAUUUCCUAAUCUUCCUGGGCGUGGUGGUUGCAAUCUACGGGGUACUGCUGUUUUUCGAUAACUUCUUUAAGAGCUGCAUGCAUUACCCUUACGAUGCAUUCCUGAGAGGUACCGGUCUAUCUGUGAAGUUCUUCCGGAUACAAUGGCACACUACAGCGCUGAAUCGGUCUAUUGUGAAGUGGAGUACGGCCUACCCUAAACUGCUAGAUCUGAGCUUUAGUCUGGGGGUAUACAUGUCUCUGCUGUUGAUGCCCUUGGCAUCCUGUUUGAUCAUCGUCUCUGCAUUCCACACCAAGGGUACGGGGAAGGCUGGCUCGGAUGGUUCGAACAGUGGUUCUACUGCUUCAUGGACCGGUAACAAAGAAGCGGUUUCGCUUGACCUACUGAUUCCGGGCGUUAAUCUUCCAAUCAACGAAAUUGGUUACUACAUAUCUGCCCUGGCGAUAAAUAGUAUUAUUCAUGAGCUGGGUCACGGACUGGCAGCGGUUCUGGAGGAUAUUCCGAUUAAAGGCUUUGGGCUUCACGUGAUGUUGAUACUCCCGAUGGCCUAUACUCAGAUGGAUUCGGAUCAACUAAAUGCUUUGAAAAUGUGGAAACGAUUGAAGGUGCUCUGUGCCGGAAUUUGGCAUAAUUUGAUGCUAGCGGCAUGUACCUAUCUGUUGUGUGUGACAACUCCCGUCAUGCUGUCAGCCAUCUACCGAGUAAAUGAGGCUGUGCUGGUAACAGAUAUCAAAAACAAUUCACCGUUACUGGGAGCGAAGGGAUUGGAAGAAGGGGAUAUUAUAACAUCGAUCAACGAUUGUGAAAUCCGCAAUGAUAUUUCCUGGUACGGUUGUUUACUGGAGUCUCUUCAAGCACAACCAUCUUACUGUAUAUCACCCGAUUUUGUGCAUUUAAACGAUGAAUCUGUUCCCAUAUCCCACAAAAACGACGGACUAAUCGAGUGUUGUAACGCGGAAAAUAAAGCAUCCAACUGUUUCGAGUACAUGGUCGACGUAAACGAGGAAGACGUGGCUUUACCGCAGCACAUGUGUCUCAACAUCCGGAAGAUGAUAGAAAAUUCUUUCGGCUACUGCCAGCACAAACCAACCUGUUCGGAAGGUCACUGCUUCAAACCAAUGAUUAAUAAUUUUACUACCAUCAUGCAGAUACGCAGGGAAGGAAAAGCGGACGUGAUCUACAUUGGUCACCCGGGCGAUUUUACACGAACGAUAAGAAUCUCACAAUUUGUUCCAAAGACUUCCUUCUUUCGGCCCGGACUCGCUGAUUCCAUUCAAUUGCUGCUCAAAUAUGUGACCGUUUUUGCUCUCGGACUGGCAAUUAUUAACGUGAUCCCUUGCUUCGGUUUCGAUGGACAGCAUAUUGUAAGUACGCUACUAUCCGGCAGCGUUAUCGAGCGCCGGGUUCCACAGAAAAGCAAAAGGGAUGUGGUUGCACUGUGCAUCAACAUCAUUGGAACGCUGUUCGUUUUCAUUCUGCUGAUGAAAGUGUUCUGGCAAAUGAUUUUCAAAGCCAUGUGGGAGUAAAUGGGGUUAGUUUUCGCUCUGUGAGAUGAACUGUUGGCAGUGAAAUGAGGGAAAAUGAAAAAUAGCGGAAUAAUUAGUAAGUACGAUAAAAUCAAUCUUUAGUCAAUAGUGUCUAAGAGGACAAAUUUAAGAUGAAGCGAUGCAGCGAUAAUGAUAGUGCAACGGUAGAUGCUAAUGUGGCAUCUUUACUAGUGGUAGUUUAUGUACUGAUCUAAAGCUAAUUACA